AAGCUGAGCGCAGUUUGGAUGUGUGUAACGCAGAACUGAAGACUUUUAUUUGCGCCGAGGCAGCUUGUGUUCGGGCGCAGAGGAUGCUCCGACUCACACCUGGAACAAGGAAACAGUGAGAGCAUUUCUUUCGGCAUCCCAAGUAAAGAAAAGUACAUUUAGGCAAUCUUUUUUAUUAUUAUUAUUUUUAUUAUUGCCUUUGCAGAAUCACACCGGAAUAUGCGUUCGCUCGAUAAUUGGACUUGAUUGGAAUUGCGUGACCUCUGACACCUCUGCCACCCACACCGAGAAUUUGGGUGUCAUCUGCACUUGAUUUUGCUUCUUAACUUUAAUAUUAGGUGCAUUGCAUCGACGCUCAACACUUGAAUCGUUGUAAUAUCUCACAGACUUUGCAUUGAAGACAGCACAGACACGCUUAUUUUUGUGCAAAACAGAACAAGGAUAAUAGUUUAAAACAUAUAUACACAUAUAUUUUUUAUAUAUAUUUUUUACACCAGGAAAACCUCCAGCGCUGCAGGUUACUGAUAACAGCUGACUUUUUUUUUAUAUCAGAUAAACUGCAGCGCGUUUGAGUGAACGUGUGUGCGCACUUCUGGAGAGUGAAAGGCGCACGGUGAGACGUUUGGGGACAGAUCCUGCAGGCGAGACAAGCAGACUGACAGCAUCAGGUGCUGUACGUGGCCAAACCAAGCCGAAUUAAACUAGGAAGUCAGUUAAAAGGUAGUCUAGUGCACAAAAUGACGGAGGGUCCAAGACAACGGGUCAGCGCGUCCGGCUCCGGCGGGGAUGCUGCCAUCAAGUCCGGGAAGGAUUCCGGAGGCGCAGUGGCGCUCAAGAAGGAAAUCGGUCUUGUGAGCGCCUGCGGUAUUAUUGUGGGUAACAUCAUCGGUUCGGGUAUCUUCGUCAGUCCGAAGGGAGUGUUGGAGAACGCCAGCUCCGUGGGUCUGGCUCUGAUCGUUUGGAUCAUCACGGGAAUCAUCACGGCCAUCGGCGCGCUGUGCUACGCUGAGCUGGGCGUCACCAUCCCCAAGUCUGGAGGAGACUACUCCUACGUCAAGGACAUUUUCGGAGGGCUGGCCGGGUUCCUGCGUCUGUGGAUCGCCGUGCUGGUCAUCUACCCCACGAACCAGGCCGUGAUCGCUCUGACCUUCUCCAACUACGUCCUGCAGCCCCUCUUUCCCACCUGCUUUCCACCAGAGAACGGCCUGCGCCUGCUUGCCGCCAUCUGCCUGUUGCUGCUGACGUGGGUGAACUGCUCCAGCGUCAGGUGGGCCACCAGGGUCCAGGACAUCUUCACUGCCGGCAAGCUGCUGGCUCUGGCCCUCAUCAUCAUCAUGGGCAUCGUGCAGAUCUGCAAGGGAGAGUAUUACUGGUUGGAGCCAGCCAAUGCCUUCGAGCCCUUCCAAGAAUAUAAUGUUGGGUUGAUAGCCUUGGCCUUCCUACAAGGCUCCUUCGCCUACGGAGGGUGGAACUUCCUCAACUACGUCACAGAGGAGCUGGUGGACCCCUAUGUGAAUCUUCCUCGUGCCAUCUUCAUUUCCAUCCCCUUGGUGACCUUCGUUUACGUCUUCGCCAACAUCGCCUACGUCACGGCCAUGAGUCCCGCGGAGCUGCUUGCGUCAAAUGCCGUUGCCGUGACUUUUGGACAGAAGCUGCUAGGAGUCAUGGCGUGGAUCAUGCCCAUCUCUGUGGCUCUCUCCACCUUCGGAGGAGUCAACGGUUCCCUCUUCACCUCUUCACGGUUGUUCUUCGCUGGAGCCAGAGAGGGCCACCUCCCCAGUCUGCUGGCGAUGAUUCAUGUGAAACGCUGCACCCCCAUCCCGGCUCUGCUCUUCACUUGUUUGUCCACCCUGCUGAUGCUGUGCACCAGCGACAUGUACACUCUCAUCAACUACGUGGGCUUCAUCAACUACCUCUUCUACGGAGUCACCGUCGCCGGGCAGAUCGUCCUACGCAUUAAGCAGCCUGACAUGCACCGGCCAAUCAAGAUCAGCCUGAUCUGGCCGGUCAUUUACCUCUUGUUCUGGGCCUUCCUGCUCAUCUUCUCCCUCUACUCUGAGCCCGUGGUGUGUGGCAUCGGCCUGGCCAUCAUGCUGACCGGCGUGCCCGUCUACUUCCUGGGAGUCUACUGGGACAACAAGCCCCAGUGCUUUGAUGCCUUCGUUGACAAGAUGACGUACUUGGGCCAGAAGUUUUGCUUGGUGGUGUACCCGGCCGAGGGCGGCGAUAGCUCCGGAGAGGAAGGCGAGGAAAUGAAGGAGGCCCGGUCCCCUCUGUCCAAGGAGGACGGAGACACGCAAAAGUCAGCGGACUGCUAAAACACACGCCUUCAUCUCCCACCUGCGCCUGCCCCGGAAGGAAAAAAAAACCCUAAACAGACAUAUACAGACACACGUGUGGGCGCACACAUGCACGCAUACACACACCUACACCCUCCCUGACUUAGUCGCACAUUUACUGAUCAACACUUUUUGUGCCCCCACGUUUUGUUUUUGUUUUUUUUUUUCUAAAAUUUUUAUUUGCUUUUUGACAUUGCAUCGACUAUGAAUUUCUGUGCCAAAUCUAGCAUGAGAUAAUUAGGUGAUAGCAGACCCCAGACACCUUCCUGGGGUUUUUCAGAGAUGCAGUGAAGAAUGAUUAAAUAUGUUCAGCUCCUCCACACACACACACACACACACACACACACAUACACACAUACAGACGCCUUUUUCCAUCUUCUCCUCAUCCUCCAUUAGUCACCAUCAUCCCUCUCUCUCCCUCCACACACUCCCUGCACACUCCUACUGUAAGAGCAGCAUUUUAUUAGCGUUUUGUUUUGUUUUUACUAUCAAGAGACUCUAACUGUACCGUGAUGGAUGCACAAACAUUUUUGUUGUUGUCAUUGAUGUUGUUGUUGUUGUUUGGUUUGCUGCCACAUUGUAAAAAUUUUCUUUGUCAUGCAUUCAACACACCAAAGCUGUAUUUUUUUUUUUUAUUUUUUUUGAUUCUUUAAACAAAAAUCACAUCACAUCAAGUCAUUUCAUGUCGUCAAAUACACUAAAUACCGACUGUUGUUUCGAAACGUGACUGUGAUUCCGAAAUGUGUGUUUUUUUUUUUUUAAAUUGUGAUAAUUGUUUAUAUCAUUUGCUUUUGUUAUUAUUUUAGUUUUAUCAUGUUAAUUUUUUGACUUUUUUGACUUUUUUCUAUUCAGCAUCAAUUAUGUUUGGAUUUUUUUUUUUUUUUGUACUCUUGCAGCUGCAGAGGUGUGCAAGUCAAAGCCGUUGUGUGAUCUGGUUAUGCACCUGUCAGAUACCUUAUAUUCAUAACUAUUUUUGUUAAAUGGUGCACAAUCAGUUCUUAAUUGCCUUAAUUAGGAUGUGUUCUGUACUAUCACUGCUGCUGAAAGAUGAGUUAUCCUGAUACUUUGGAAUAGAUUUUAGUUUUUAAAAAAAAAACUUCAAGAAGUGUCAUUUGAAAAAAAAAACUCUUUCAGUGGAUUCUGGUAAAAUGGACACUACAGACAUAAAUAACCCACUGAAACAGACAAUCCAAUGUGAGCAUGGACUGCUGGGAAGGGUAAAUCGGUUAGACAUGAUAGUUUUCACAUUUACAUUGUUACCAUUGUGCACCCCUCUUCAGCAAAUGCCUACACCGACACAUGAAUGCCUGUGGGAAAACAGAUGAAGACGGGGCUCAUUAUCGCUUCAAGUACAAGUCAAGUCUGUGGAGUCGGUGUUUACGCUGCAAAAAAUCUCAUUUAGUCUCAUAUUCAGCUGUAAAUUCUUGUUUUUCCAAUGCAGUUUCAAUUGUUUCAGGUGUUUUUCUAGGAACGAGCAUCAAUAUGCUGAAACGCGGCAGAUUGGACACUUAGUUGAAGAUUUGAAGAGUGAAUAUGAGACGAAAUGACUUGUCAAGAUGGAGAUUUUUUUUUUUUUUGCAGUGUGUGGUGAUGUCUCAGUAAGUCAAUGUCAGUAAAGCUAUUUUUUGGUAGCUCAUCUAUCUGAUGUGUGUUUAAAUAUUAAAGGAGUCGGGUUGUGCUUUAUUUAGGGGUCUGGAUGUGAGAGUUUUACAUUAAUAAAUAUUUUUUUUUAUUCAAAUCUAUCACAAGAAGAGAUUUUAGUGCAGUAUUAGGACAGACAACAGCAAAAACUGAGCUUGAACCCCUGAAUAAACCCAUUCCAUCUAUGUUGUCUGGUGUAGUUAUGUAGCAUGUAGGUUUUUGUUAUUGAUAUCGGAGUGGCCUAUUAUAGUAACAGCACCUCUGCACACACGCAUGUCUUCAGUUUUUUUUCUCUGUACUUUAACCUACGAGCUUCUCAGGGCAUCCCCACUGCCUUCUCCUUACACACACUGCCAAAAACCUCCAGACCAUAUCAACUCAACAGAUUGCUCCUUAGCAGUCCAGUCUGCUAGUGCUAACAUGUUUUACUGGUGCUUUUAGAGAUCCAUUCCUCAGGAGAUAGUCUUAAUCUUACAUGUGAUCCAGAAAAUUAAAAAAAAAAAAAAAAAUCAACACCUAGAGAGAAUGACAGACAUAGGCAGAGAUGCACGUGAAAUUGUCGUGAAUGUAUCAAUAGGCCAGUAUUGUGUAGGUCGCCGUAGUUAAACGUGUAAGGGGAACAGGGUGUUUUGGAUGUCUCCACAAGUACAAUGUGUUUUGUGCCUGUACGGUUCAUGUAUAUAUACACAGAUGUCAUGAGAGUCUGUACAUUGUGUCUUAGUAAAUAAAAACCACUGACAAAUGUAUGUUUGCAUUUGUAAUUUAGGGCCUCAUUUAUAAAACAUACAUAUAUAUAUAUAUCUUUAAUUCCAUCUUGACUAUUUGAAAUUAAGUGCUAAACCCUUAUGGAAUUCACUUCAGUAACACAGAAAUGAGUUUUAACUUUGUAUACGACAGAAUGGUUGUGAUAAGCACUGAUUUUUCUUAUUUUCAGUUUUAUUUUGGCCCCGAUUUUAUCUGAAAUGUCAAAUCCGUGCAGAAGAGCCUUAUAUAAAUGAGGCCCCGAGUGUUUUAACCUCAGAAAUCAAAUGCUGCAACUCUGUGCUAUAUGGCGAUGUAAACUGUACAUACUGUAACAUGUUCAGCACAACUUCAGUAGAAGACAAAUGAUGUAUGAAUUACAGAUUAAGUUUUAGUCUGUGGGAUUGCUGGUUUUCUCAGUCUGCCCUGCUUUUGUGCUGCUCCAACUUUUACGCUGUAACCCGUUUCUCUGGUAGACCAAAACAAGCCAUCGCUAUCAAUGGAAAAUGCAGAGUUUUUAGCAUUGAAAUACUUACAUGAGUAUUAUUUUAACAGCUAUUAUGCUUACCGGUGCAUAAUCUGAGAAUUUCUACAUUUUGCAAAACUAUAUCACAGCACUAAGAGAAGCUGGCCAGAUCUGAAUGUUACUUUGAAAACACUUUCUGGCUCUCACUUUGCCUUUUGCCGUCUAUUGCUACAGAUGCAACAUUUACCACACUGAGAGCCUCUUUGACUGGUGUAUCUCUCUCUGUCUAUUUUUCAUGUCAAAAAUGUAACUGUACAUAUUGGUGAUGAGUGUGUGACAAGAAUAAAAAUACACUUAAGUGAACCGCA